UUUUAAAUCAGAUAUAACUCAUAUUUUGAAGUUAAAUAUUUUCCCAGUUCCAUUAUAUCCAGGGAAGCUCAGCACCUGAAAUUAAAUAACUGAUUCAAAAAAGAUUCCUCUAAAUUCCAAUAAUUCCAAAUUAUAUCCAUGUUAGUGACCUCAUAUCUUUUAAAACGAAUAAAUUUGAUACAUUUAAAUAUUAGCUCGCUGCUGGUCAAAACAGACUGUAACCAAUGAUGUACUAAUGGCAGGCUCACUCCGCCAAUCAGAGCAGACGAUGGGCGGGACCAGUUGUUUGCGCAGCGGCUGGAUUGUCUGUUGAGCUGCCGAAAUAUACCUGAAAGUUCUUCUGAAGUCAGUUACAGACGAGGAAACACACAGGACAUUAUAAUGGACUGGUUCCACUGUAACCAGUGCUUCACAAGGAGAGGGUCGACAUUUGCUGUGUCCAGCUGUGGCCACAUCUGUUGUGAAGCAUGCAUUAAAUCUAAGCAGUGCAGUGUAUGUGGGGCCAGCUGCAGUUAUCUGCCCAUCUCUGAUGAGAUGAAGCCACAGGAAAAAGUAUUUUUCAAGGAUCCUGUGAAGCUCAUCCAGUCACGACUGGAGCACAUAUCACAGAUUACGCUUUUUCAGCGGACACAGAUGGAGAGAGUCACAGCUCACUUCAAGCAUAAGUCUGUUGAAUUGGAAAGGCGUCUGAAGGAGGUCACUGAGCAGGGCUACAGGCAACUGUCUGAGCUGAAGAGAGAGAAUGCUGGCUUAAAAAAGCAACUUUCAGAGCUGAAAAGAGAGACUGCUGAAUUAAAAAAGCCACUUUCUCAGAGGAGGGUUUCUCCAGGACAGUUUCAAACUGAUGGUACUCAAAGGAUGUCACUCCCUGUGGCUGUUACCUCUCCAGUUACCCCUCAUUCAAGAACUAUCCGUCACUUAGGCUCAGCAGAGUCCCAGGGGUGGGCCAGAGACAGAGGUCCCAGUCUUUCCUCCCUCACUACUCCUGGAUCAUCUGCCUCUAUUUCCAGCCAUAGUUCUCUUCAUGAACAUGUACACAGAACACCCACAUCCUUCAGCACUCCCACAAGAAGUCACCACCAGACGCCUGUUUUCCACUUCCAGUUUAUGAGUGGGUUGUCAAUUCAGUCUCCCAGGCGUUAAUGAAAUGGCACUGUGUCAGUGAUAAACAUUUGUCAGUUUAGGAGUUUAGCUGACGUGUUCAUCAGGACUGUCACAUCUUGUUUAGAGAUACAAUUAGUUUUUGUCAUCAGACAGUUGGCAUAAGUGAUGCUGUUGAAUAUAAGUAUUUUAUAAUUAUUAAAGUUACAUGGAUGUUACCAUGUGGUUCUUCUGUUAAGAAAUGAACACUGCCACAGAUUUUUCUCAGAGGCACAUCAGCAGAUUACUUUCAGCCACUUGCUUUUUUCCCUUUUACUCACAACACAGAAUUUACAUCGAUAAAGUCUGAUCAGUUAUAAUCAGCUGAAUUCACUACAGCACACAAAAAACCCAUUGCUGGCACACAUGAUUAUAAAGGCAAAUCCUUUACUGGUUUCCAGUGACACAAUUGUGCAAAUGAGAUUUUUUUUUUCAAACGGAAAAAUACAUUGACAACACCUGUAAAGGAAGACACUAAGUAUUAUGGACAUUUCCCCACAGAAUGAUAUUUGAUAACUCUUCAUGACUAAUAGGAUGACAAAACACAGUGAUGCACACAGUUUUGUCAACAUUCUGGUAACCUAACCUCUGUCCAGACAUUUCUAAGGAACUACAAACCAACUCUGUUUAAAGGCCAAGUUCGCCCAAUGCAGGUUGACUCAGAAGUAUGACUAAGAGUGUGGAGUUUUUUCAAGACACAACAAUGUAUGAAAUAACUAAUAAAUACACAAACUGAUAACCAGGAAGUAUAAUGUUUGUAUGGUAAUUCAUAAUCUGAGUUGACAGAAACAGCAUGGUAUUUUUUUCUUUGGAUUCAAACCAUUUGCUACUUAGAAAAGAUAUGGACCUCCAUCAGUUAUCUACUUUGAUUAUAUGUUAAACCAUAAAGUCACGCACUACACCUAUUAAGACAAAAGAGGAAAAAUACUGACUGAAUCAAUGAGUGCAAAUUAACACUGAAGGUGGCCAUUGUGAUAUCAGUAUGAUAUUAAUGUGAUUGCUGCUUUCUUAGUACUGUUAGCCUUUAUUGUUAAAAAUGACAAGCAAAGUAUUCAAAUAAUAAAUGAAAUUACAGCAGACUAAAACAGAAUCAGGAAUGUGUUUUGGAAAUACGCUGUAAAUAUUAGUAGAAUUAGAUGGAACAUGUUCUGUUUUCAAAAGACAUGAUCCAAGGUUUCACGGUUAAGGGAUCAAGAAUGACACUGUUUAGUUAGGAAUUUAUAUUUUGAGAAAGAAUUGGAUUUAAUGAACAUAAUGGCAGCAGGCUCUAAAACCAAAGUGCAAGAUGUCAAUUUAAAGUGUACAUGUCCAGUGUGCUUUUCAUGAUAAGGAAUUAUUGGCUAUAAAGGAAUGAUGACACACAGUGAUCAGUCAACAAAUUUGUCAACAUAGACAUUUUCUGGAGCAGUUACUCAUCUGCUAUAGUCAGUACCAAAAGUACAGCCAGUUUAAAUUAUACUGCUACAAUAGCAUACUAAAAAAUCUGUAGUAGUGAUAUCUAAACAAAAAUAAUAAGCUCAAAAAAUAACGCAAACCAGUGUACAAGUUACUGUCCUAUUUACAGCAACACAGGCAGCACAAUUAUAAUUCAAGUCCAAAUAUAUUAGAAUAAGCAGGAAAUGCAGCAUAUAUAAAAAGACCACAAACCUCAUUUAGGGCUUGUACUGGGAAGACUGGAUGUUACAAACCUGCCUCAAUUAAAGCAAUUUAAACCAAGGAAAUAACUAUGCUUGUUGGUGCAACGGAUGUCAAGAGCACUCCA